GGAGGGAGAAUGGAGGGCGCGUCGCAGCUUGUGUCUAUGGUGGGGCAGCUGGUGGGCGAGGAGUACCGGACACUCCGCAGCGUCGGCGGCCAGGUGGCGGAGCUGAGGGACGAGCUGGCCACCAUGAACGCCGUCCUGCGCAUGCAGUCUGAUGGUGAGGACGGCUCCGUGGACCACUUUGUCCGGGAGUGGAUGAAUCAGGUCCGGGAGCUGGCCUACGACGCCGAGGACUGCAUCCACCUCUACAUCUUCCGCGUCCGGAGCCGACCCAACGACCCCUUCUUCCUCUGGUCCAGGCGGCUGUUCGCCACGCUCUUCUGUCGCCGCCGACUGGCUGAUGAGAUCCGGGACCUCCGCGCCCGUGCCGUCGUCAUCAGUGAGCGCCAUGCGAGGUACGGCCUCAUCCGAGAGGCGCCGUCCAACUCCUCUUCUCUUCCCCCCGCGCCCAGAGCGACGACGCACGAGCUCCGUGCUGCCAACGACCCUGACCAGUUCGUCGGCAUCAGCGACCAAGCUAAGCUCCUGGCAGCCAAGGUCGAGAAGAUGGAUGAUAACAAGGAGCGCAAGGUGUUCUCCGUGGUGGGUUUCGGGGGCCUCGGCAAGACUACGCUAGCCAUGGAGGUGUGCCGGCAGCUGGAGGCGAUGUUCGAACGCCACGCGCAAGUGUCCGUGUCCCAGACAUUCGACGGAAGGAAGGACCUUCAGGCAUUGCUCAAGCGCGUGCUGCAGCAGAUCGUCAAUGUGAAAGUGAAACCCGACAACGAGAAAGGCAUCAAGGAAGAGGCCUCCCCCACCCUCGGUCGAAUCGACCAGAUGGAUCUCGAUGGCCUCACCUCCACGAUCGAGGAGCAACUCAAGAACAAGAGGUAUCUCAUCGUGAUCGACGAUGUAUGGACCAUAGCAGCCUGGGAAGUUAUCCAAUUUAAGUUUCCUAGAAACAACAAUGGGAGUAGAAUCAUAGUGACCACUCGGAUAGACACUGUGGCUAAAGCAUGCAGCUCAGGUAGUGAGUGCAGACAUCAGAUCAGGCCCCUUGAUGCUAAGGACUCCGAAAAGUUGUUCCUUAGUAGAGCAUUUUUGUCCAAGGAUGCGUCUUGCCCCAACGAGCUUGAAGCUGAAAUGGGAAAAAUCUUAAAGAAAUGUGCUGGGCUGCCAAUGGCCAUUGUUAGCAUUGCCAACGUUUUGGCGAGCUACCAAUCGCCAGACAGUAAAUUUAUGUGGGAAAGAAUUUGCAGAUCAAUUGGUCCUGAGAUGGACAGCAACCCCACUAUGGAGGGGAUGAGGCAGAUAGUCACACUCAGCUACAACCACCUACCUCACCACCUUAAGCUCUGCAUGAUGUAUCUUAGUAUUUUCCCUGAGGAUUAUGUGGUCUUCAAGGAUCGGCUCUUGCAUAGAUGGAUCGCUGAAGGUUUGGUGGAAGAGAAGAGGGGUUUGACAUUGUUAGAGGUAGCAGAAGGCUACUACAAGGAGCUCAUGAGUAGGAACAUGAUUGAUACAGCUCCAUUUGUAAGCCACAAUGAUGAUGGGGGGGUGGAGACAUGCAGGGUUCAUGACAUGAUACUCGAGGUCAUGGUGUCCAAAUCCCUGGAGGCAAACUUUGCUAGCCUGGUAGGUGGUCAAUAUGUAGGGAUGUCUUACGAUAAGAUACGCCGCCUCUCCAUCCAUGGUGUAGAACAGGGAGCCAACGAUUUAUCUCCACCACCCAAGAAAAUGGCAGCCGGACGACAUGGUAAGAGGGAUUUAAUGGAGGGGAUGAACUUGAAACACGUCCGAUCAUUUAGCAUGUUUGAGCUGGAAGGACACAAGCUGCUUGAUCGACUGGAGGAGUUCACUUUGCUAAGGGUACUUGAUCUGGAAGGCUGCAAUGGCCUAACUGACAAGCAUCUUCAGGAUAUAUGCCGGAUGUACCUCCUGAAGUUUUUGAGCAUUAGGGGUACAUAUACAUGUGAGAUUCCUCCAAGUGUGGGUGAUCUAGAGCACUUACAGAUGCUGGAUGCACGUGAUACGAACCUGUAUGGUCUACCAGAAACAGUGAUAAAUCUAGAGAAGCUUGAACGUCUGCUUUUCUCCAGAAAGUAUACGAGGGUGCCAACGUGGGAGCCGCCUAGUGGGAUAUCGCGGAUGAAGGCUCUGCGAGAGGUGAAUAACAUAGUAAUCAGAGACAACAUCCAGGUCGCCAAAGAGAUCGGUGAUCUAGAAGGACUGCAAGGCAUAGGUCUGCACCUUGACGGCAGGUCAGAGAUUCAUAAGGAAGUCUGUAAGCAUCUCACCGCCUCCUUGUGUAGGAUGAACGCCCUCCGGUGGCUCAAUGUUGGAGAGAACGGAGGUUCUAUCGAUAAUACUUUGGAUUAUCUGAUGGACCUCCAUUCGCCGCCACAGCUCCUGCGUUACCUUCGGUUUGCUGGCAGGUUGUCUAGGUUGCCAGACUGGGUCGGUGCACUCUCAUAUCUCGUAGAGUUCUGUAUGUCCUUUGGAUACCUUGAGGGUGACCAACCAUUCGCUGUCCUGUGCAAGGCGCCGAACCUGAGAAUCAUCCGGCUGCAGCAAAAUUUCUACAGGGGUGACGAACUGGUUGCACGAACUACCCACAAGUUCCCGGCACUAAAGGAGUUGAGAGUCAGCUGUCCAUACGAAUUCCCGAGUGUUUUCAGUUUUGAGGAAGGAUCCAUGACAAAGCUGGAGAUGCUGGAACUGCAAUUCUCUGACUGCGAAAAGAGCAUUGAGGGCGUGGAGCACUUGAAGAAGCUUAAAGAGGUGCAGCUUACUGGCAGCAAGGACAACCCCACAAUAAAGAGUGCUCUCGAGCUCCUGAAGGAGGAAAGUGAUCGGCGCUCCAAGGACAAUAAUCAGUUUAUAGUUGGAGUCAAAUACUGGUAGUGUUAAUUAUGCUGCCGGUGUUCUUUAAAUCUGGUCGUGACGCCACCUGCUGCCGUGGUCUAUAUCUUUGUUUCUGUUCCCGUAAAUCUGGACUGCUUGCUUUUCGCUACAGCUUUCUUCUUGUAAUACAAGAGUAGUGUACUACUUGAGCGUAUUUCCUUUGAAUUGAA